CGGCCUGGCAGUGAGAGGAUCCCCGGUGUUUCCUGCCCCCGUGCCCCAUGGCCGCGCUCCGGUUUUCCGCUAACCUGUCCUGGCUGUUCCCGGAGGUUCCCGAGCUGUCGGACCGGGUGGAGGCCGCGGUGGGAGCCGGUUUCCGGGCGGUGGAGCUGGCCUGGCCGAACGAACCGGACCGAGAGAGACUCCGGCGGCCAUUACCGGGAGCCGCCCGGCUGGUCCUCACCAACACCCCCCCGGGGAACCUACAAUCCGGAGAGCUGGGGCUCGGUGCUGUACCUGGGCGGCAAGAUGAAUUCCGAGCUGGACUGGACCUGGCUGUCAGCUGGGCGAAGGAUCUAGGCUGCCAGAGAAUUCAUGUCAUGGCAGGACGGGUGCCUGCAGGGAUGCAGAGACAAUGCGUAGAGAACGAGAUGGAAAACACUUUCAUUGAGAACCUGAGAUAUGCCGCAGAUGUCUUCAGUCAGGCUGGGCUGUUGGGGCUCAUAGAACCCAUAAACUGUCGUAUCACCGACCCUCGCUAUUUCCUGAAUACCCCACAGCAAGCUGCAUCUAUCCUGGAGAAAGUUGGAAGGCCCAACCUGAAGAUGCAGAUGGAUCUCUAUCACUGGCAGAUAAUGGAUGGCAAUCUCACCCAGAAUAUUAAGACCUUCUUUCCUUUGAUUGGUCAUGUUCAGAUUGCUCAAGUCCCCCACCGGAAUGAGCCAGACAGUCCCGGGGAGCUGAACUAUGUGUAUCUCUUUGACCUGCUGCAGGAACUCGGAUACCAAGGUUAUGUAGGCUGCGAAUACAAGCCGCGAGGGGACACACUGUCUGGACUCGGCUGGAUGGAGACUUAUUGCAAAGAGUGUGACAGCCAAGAUAAGUCUCAGUAAAAGCAUUUGGAAUCAAAUUCACGACUUUUCACAAAUCCAGGAGAGGAACGAAGCGGCGAAGCACGUCCAAAUAUACCGGGGGUAUUAUCUAGUGAGAGCACUCAUUAUUCCCUGUGUCGAUUUAGAAGAGGCAGCCAACGCUCCAGUGAAUGAUUACCGCUUGCUUGCCGUCCGCAGAGUUUUCCGGAAGGCUUGUUUUGUUAUGAGAUGCCCUCCUGUGAUCACAAUUUACACUGGUAGAGAAAUUAAAACUGAUUAACAGAAACCUUGAA